GCGGAGGUAACCAGAAGCGGGCAGCGGAGGCCGCCCCGCGGUCCCCACGCCCUCUAGAGCGCUGCGCUCGCGACGCGCGCGAGGGGAGAGGACGCGAGCGGCCGUGCCAGCUGCGUUCCCAGCUGCCGCACCGCUGCUGCUUCUCUGCCGAGCGCCGGGCGUCCCCGCCGCGCUCCGUCCGAAGUCGGCCACCAUGGAGGCGCAGGCACGAGGUUUGCUGGAGACUGAACCACUGCAAGGAAGAGAUGAAGACACGGUAGCCAGUGCUGACUUCCCUAGCAUGCUCUCUGAGGAGGAAAAAGAAGAGUUAAAGGCAGAACUAGCUCAGCUAGAAGACGAAAUUACAACAUUACGACAAGUUUUAUCAGCGAAAGAAAGGCAUCUGGUUGAGAUAAAACAAAAACUCGGCAUGAACCUGAUGAAUGAGUUAAAACAGAACUUCAGCAGAAGCUGGCAUGAUGUGCAGACCACUACUGCGUACAAGAAAACACAUGAAACGCUGAGUCACGCAGGGCAGAAGGCAACUGCAGCUUUCAGCAACGUUGGGACGGCCAUCAGCAAGAAGUUUGGAGACAUGAGCUACUCCAUUCGUCAUUCCAUAAGUAUGCCUGCUAUGAGGAAUUCUCCUACUUUCAAAUCAUUUGAGGAGAGGGUUGAGACAACUGUCACAAGCCUUAAGACGAAAGUAGGGGGGACGAACCACGGUGGAGGCAGCUUCGAGGAGGUGCUGAGCUCCACGGCCCACGCCAGCGCGCAGAGCUCGGCCGGCGGGCCCCGGCGGGCCGAGGGGGAGGAGCUGCAGUGCUAAGGCCCCGCCCGCGCCCGCAGCCUCCUCUAGGGAGCCCGCCCUACCCGCGCGCAUCCGGAUAGAAAGACCAAUUUCCCACUGCGAAGAUCCAGGCCUUGACCUUGUUCUUCAAAUGGCUUCUCCUCAAAGUUUAAUUAAAUGAUUUCCAUUUGAAUUUGUGUUGAUGAGGGACCACAUGACCAUCAUACUUUAGUAUUAAUACAUUGUCAUCUUUUAAAAUGUCGACUUCAGCAGGUACACCAUUGGUCAUGACCCUUGUUUUUUGUGUAAUUCAACAUAUUAUCCAAACAUGUAGCUAUUAUUUGCUUUGAUUUUUGCCUGGACUUCUGUGCGAAGUGCAUGUCUUUGAAGUCUGAGUGCCCCCUUUCAGUUCUGUGCACAGGAUGGAGCUCUUUCUGAUCAUCUCCAGCAGUGAAUGGGAUGACAAUGCGAAGUUCACCAAACUGCUUCCGUUCUCCCUCACCUACUUCAAUUCCUCAUGUUUAUUUAAGCAAUUAAAAUAAUUGAUUUUAAUGAUGACU